AGAAGAAGAAGAAGAGAGGGGCAUGCAGAGAAAAAGGGGCGCCUCCACCAUUCUGUCACAGUGGUACUUGGUUUCGUCCGCCUAAUCGCCGUGUGGGUGGGUAGUCCCGCGAGCGCUCAGGCGCAGGCGCAGUGGUUACAGCUUAGCGCGCAGGCGCAGAGGCUGCCAUAGAACGCGUGUGACUUAGGUAUUUUUUGAAAUAACUCCCACCCAGGCACCAUGGUGACAGAGAAGGAAAUCGAGCUGAUCGGCCGGACGCUGGUGGAUGUCGGCCAGCCCCUAAAAGCCCGUUUCCGGGCGCUAUUCACCCUCCGGAACCUAGGGGGGGCGGCAGCCAUUGAUUGGAUCAGCCGAGGUUUUGGGGACGACUCUGCCCUCCUCAAACACGAACUGGCUUAUUGCCUGGGGCAGAUGCAGGACGAGAGAGCGAUUCCAGUCCUCAUUGAGGUUCUCAGAGACGCUCGCCAGGAACCCAUGGUCCGCCACGAAGCUGGCGAGGCGCUCGGUGCCAUUGGGAACCCCAAAGUUCUAGACGUUCUGAAACACUACUCGGAGGACCCUGUCAUCGAGGUGGCAGAGACAUGCCAGCUGGCCGUCAAGAGGCUGGAAUGGCUGCAGCAGCACCCGGCAGAAGGGUCCUCCGGUCCCUACUCCUCCGUAGACCCAGCGCCUCCGUCCGAGGAGGGGGACGUGGAAAGGCUGCGGCAGGUUUUGCUGGACGAUUCGCGACUGCUGUUCGAGCGAUACCGGGCGAUGUUCGCCCUGCGCAACGUCGGCGGGGAAUCGGCUGUCCUGGCCUUGGCUGACGGCCUCCAGUGUGGCAGCGCCCUCUUCCGCCACGAAGUCGCCUACGUCCUGGGCCAGAUGCAGCACGAGGCCAGCAUCCCGCAGCUGACGGCCUCGCUGGAGAACGGCGCCGAGAGCCCCAUGGUGCGCCACGAGUGCGCCGAGGCCCUGGGCUCUAUCGCCCGGGCCUCCUGCCUCUCCGCCUUGCAGGCCCACGCCCAGGACAAGGAGCGGGUCGUGCGGGAGAGCUGCGAGGUGGCGCUGGACAUCUACGACUACGAGAACGGCGGCAGUUUCCAGUACCCCGACGGGCUGAGCAAGCUGAAGACCUCGGACUGAAAAGGGCGCGGGGAGCUGGCUGCGUCUCGGCCACCGCAAUUACAUCCCGGUUUGGAUUCCCGCAGCCCCUGGGAAGAGCACCGGACAGGGGGGCACGAGACUUCUCGCCUCCGUUUCUAAUUUGCUGCCUGUUUCUCUGCUCGGUGGUUGGUGGGAAGAUGGGCACCUGCAGCUCAGUAGCGGGUUCUGCCCCAAAUCUGGUGGCUUUUCUGUUUCUCUGUUUUGCAAAUAUAUGGUCACACGUAUUUAUAUCGCUUUGAAAA